AUGAAAAAACCUGAAAAAUGCUACUUAGAAGAAGUACCCAAAAAACUAUUGAGAAACACAAUGAAUGAGCAACAAGCACCUUUGGGUUGUUCAUCUAGCCAGGUUAAUGAGCUCAUGAAUCAAAUUCCCCUUUUGACCACAGAGGAUUUUAGCCAACAGCUGGACGUUUUUUACUGCCAGCCCAUGCAGUCACAUGGUUUGGGCUGCACUGAUAUUAAAGAUUCAAUUAGCUCUGUCACCAAAACCCCUAGUGGUUUAUAUAUAAUCUUUCUAGAAGGAUCUAGCUACCCAUUUGAGGUAAUGUAUGGCAUGGAUUUCAGAGGAGGAGGAUGGACAGCAGUUCAGAAAAGGCUCGAUGGGGCAGUUGGCUUCCAGAGGCCAUGGUGUGAUUACCUGGAUGGACUUGGAGACCUUUUAGGAGAAUUUUGGCUAGGACUGAAGAAGAGUUUUUACAUAGUAAACCAGAAAGAUUCCAGUUUUGUGUUUCAUGUGGCUUAUGCUUCAUAUGACAAUUUUUGGUUAGAAGAUGCACAAUUUUUUAAAAUACGUUUAGUACGACAUUCAGGAAAUACUGGUGCUGCAUUCCGGGGCUUCAGGGAAGAUGAUAACCAGAAUACAAUGCCUUCCAGCACCUCAGAUGUGGCUAAUGAUGGGUGCCGCCCUGCUUCAGUCAGUCACCUCCAUAACAACACUGGCUGGCGGUUCAACCAGUGCGGUCUCACGAACCCAAAUGGCAUCCAGCGUGCAGCUGGGACUCAGUAGGGUACAUGGACCAAAACCAGUUCUGCUGUCAAUAUUAGAUCCGCUUCAGUGAAGACUAGAAGGACUUACAACCCUAUUUUAGUAGUCUUAUUUUAAACUGUAGCACAAUUUCCAUAGUUAAUUUUGAAAACGUGUUAACUUUUUUUUUUACAUAGUUUUUUACUUUGAGUUUAACAUAUUAGCCAAAAUUGAAUUGAAUAGAGAUGCCAUCUUAGUGUUAUGGGUUUAGUUAGUAAACUUCAGCUUUGCAGCACUUAUAAAAGCAAUCACGGCUCAUCAAGGUAUGUUUUUUAAUUGGCUAAUUAGCAUUUUGUGAUUGUUUGCAAGAUUCAUAGUGUUUUUUUAUAAACAUGUAUUGAAAGACCUGAAUAAAUCCAGAUCCCCCUAGCAGGAAUAAAUAGAGCCAAAAAUCUAAGCAGGGAGGAAAGAAUCAGAAAUCUAGGAUUAGCAGGUUCAGUGACUCUGUUUCAGGAGCUAGCUGAAGAUAAAGUUAGAUUGUAAUCUUGAGAAAAAUCUCGAGAAACAGGAAGUUGACCCCUUGUGAUUAUCAUUGGUAUUUUUGGAAUACUCUGUUUCAGGAACUAACUGAUCUUGAAACAGGGAUUUGCCCCCUUGUGAUCAUCACUGGUAUUUUCAGAAUUUUCUAUGACGCCCUCCUGAUUACUGGGCUGUGGUUUCUUCCCUUAAAAACUUCUUCUCCCAGAUGCUUGGGGUCGAAGUCCUUCCCUGCGUGGGUUAUGAGUCUUGACCCCAGUGCACUGGUUCCUGUCUUGUCAAAUAAACCUCG